CAAGUUGUAGGCACCAAAUGGAUGUGAAGGAAAUGCAGAAUUUGAAGCUGGACAGCGCACAGGAAAAUUACGUGCCACCUCCGCAGAAGUCUGUUUCUGAGAUUAUUGCAACUGAUGCUAAUGAUGAAAGUUUAAAUCGUUAUAAACAGGCACUUCUGGGCCAAGCGAAAUCUGAGCAAGUAAUUGUCGAUUCAACCGAUCCUCGCAAUGUUCUUGUACGUUCCAUCACGUUGGUUGUCGAAGGUCGUCCGGAUAUCACAAUGCAUCUUGAUAAAGAACAUUUAAAUGAGGCAUCAUUCGUGAUAAAGGAAGGAGCCGCAUACAGGAUUCGUUUUGAUUUCCAUGUACAAAGAGAGAUUUGUACUGGUUUAAAAUACAUACAGAAGGUCACGCGUCAUUCCAUAACAGUUGAUAGAGAAACGUUUAUGAUGGGUUCAUAUGCGCCGAAAAUGGAAAUGCAGUCAUUUAUUACACCAUUAGAUGAAGCCCCUUCUGGUAUACUGCACCGUGGAACUUACAAGGUGAAGUCGCAGGUAUGCGAUGAUGAUGGACAUGAUUGGAUAUCUUGGACGUGGAGUUUAGAAAUUGCAAAAGAUUGGGGGGAAUAAGCAGCUUUUGUUUUCACUGCAACGAUCUUUUGCAGUGGGCUUGAUUGCCUUUCGUUAUUGGCCACCUCACUUUCAUGACCGGGGAAUUAACUAUUUUAAUGUUAAAUAUGUAAUAUAAUAAUGACUUUUGGGUAUACUUUACGGUACUUGGUCUCACGUCCAUGUUUUCACUUCGUUACUUCUUUCCUUUCAAAUACUAAUUAAUUUGCUUGCUCAUGCUACACUAUAUUGUUACUUUUAACAGAUUUAGCAAGUUUUUUAUUGCUGAGCUGCGUUGUUGCAUUAGUUUGUUUCUCUAUUUUCGUGCGUAUUUUUUUGUUCAUAUUGCCAAUUAUAUAAUGUACAAGCUGAAUGUUGUCAGCGAUGAUUUGUAUAAUUUUUUACCCUUGAUUCAUAGUAACUUUUUUCCUGCUCAGAUUGCUUGCAC